AUGUCUUCUUUUUUUGACGGCAGCACUUACAAGUACACGAAUCCAUCGAUUUUUCUCCAAUAUCUGCCUCUUGUGAAUACUUAUUCGUUUCGUUUUAAACUAUGUAUUGAUGAAGAAAUCAUGAAGAGAAUACGGCGAAUACUCAGCGAGGACUUUGUGGAUUUCGCGGAGCACACCAGCGCUCACGGUAUUCCACGUGCUUAUGUAUCGGAGGGUUUACGGCGUAGCUUGUGGUUGCUACUAUUUUUAUGUUGUUUAUGUGCCUUUGGUUACCAGGCGUAUCUUAUUGUACUCAGGUUUCUCAGGAACGACAUUAUCGUUGGCGUAGAAAUAAAAUUUGAAGAGAUUCGUUUUCCUGCUGUUACUCUGUGCAAUAUGAAUCCCUACAAGAACUCGUUAGCACGUCAGACAAGCUCCAUAAAAAAUGCACUCGAGUCUUUCGAAAUAGCUAUUGAUCGCACAUCGGGUUUUGAUCUGAAGGAGAAGGGGGCGAGAGAAAAACGUUCCACCGAUUUGCUUCUGUUGCGUCCUGCUCAUGUUUACUGUCGGAAGAAUCAGGAUCAUUAUUCAGUGGAUCCAGAAGGAGACGAGCAAUGUAUCUGUCUUUCUUUUCGUAACGAGGAAUUUUACUGGAAUUGUGCUCCAGAAAAAGAUUAUCAUAUUCAACUGUGCCCAAACAAAAGUGAAUCCUCAACGCCCAGCCUCUGCUACUGCCAAAAUCAAUACUGCAUAGAAGUAGAGAACCAAGUCAAGAUCACCGGUCGAUGGCCGUUAUCGGUUUCACUGAAAGAUUGCGGAAACUCCACCAAAUGUCUUUGUGUGCUGCCGCACAAUGCCGAUACCUCGAUGGCGUCAUCAACAUACUGCGCGUCACUUUCAAAAUGGCAAUACACUUUCUGCAACGGUUGCGACUGGUGGGGAAGAUGCACGCGUUCGUUUGGCUUGACCGGCGAAGAGGAAUGCGUAUGCGAUGAAGAAUCGCAUGCACUUUGCUUCGCCAUUGAAUCUGCAGCCAAACAUUAUGGAAAUCAAAAAGGCGCUGGCAACAAAAAACAUAUUCGCGUUCGUCGUGAUAAAAUACGAAUCUAUGAAAAAAUUCUUAGUCAGUACGAGGGAAUUCUCGCCGUCUACUCAAUGUGUGGAUGCACGAGUAAACAUGGAUGUGUUGCCAUCAAAGAGAAGCAAGUGACGAACACAUCUGCUGCUUGUCUCUGUUUUUACAAUAAAAAGAACGACCAACUAUGGCCGUGCUAUGAACAAUCACAAUGGCAGGAGAGGAAAUGCUCGCGAUGCAGUUCCUUCGGUGAUUGUCAUUUCGCUGAUGACACAAGCGAUGCUAUAUAUGACUGCUUUUGUGCAUUGCCUAUACGAAUGUGCGUUCGGAUCGAUCCACCUGAUGGAAAUGUCACUGAUCUGUCGGAAAGAAUUGUGAAAUUCUGGGAUAUUCUGCCGUCCACCACAAUGUCUCCGAUGCUGAAAAAGAAAGUGGAUCGUGAAAAAGCCUAUGGAUACACUGGAGUAAAGGAUCCGAUAGCACUCAAAGCAAAAGCCAUGGAGAAUAUCAUUUUUGCUGUGGAUCAGCUAACCGAGGUUGAGAAAUGGGCCAUCAGUUAUAACAAAUCGGAAUUCAUCAUUAAAUGUUCGUUCAAUGGAAAGGAGUGCAAUGUUAAUGAGGAUUUUGAGGCCUAUUUGGAUCCGUCUUUUGGUGCAUGUUUUACAUACACGGGAAGUCGCCACAUGAACAAAACUAACGAAAGGGCUGGCCCCGCCUACGGCUUACGUCUAGAAACUUUCGUAAACAUCUCCGAAUAUUUACCGACAACAGAAGCAGCUGGUGUUCGCUUAACAGUGCAUUCUUUGCUGGAGCAGCCGUUUCCGGACACACUUGGAUAUUCAGCCCCAACUGGUUUCGUCAGUAGCUUCGGAAUUAGACUGAAAUCGAUGACGCGUCUUCCAGCACCAUACGGUGACUGUAUCAGAGAAGGGAAAGAUGACGAUUUCAUUUUUGUUGACAAGCAGUACAAUACAGAGGGUUGCCAACGCAGUUGUAUCCAACGACAUUUGGCGACAAGAUGUGGAUGUGGUGAUCCACGUUAUCCACCAUUUAGAGCUACAAGAAAUUGCCCAGUGGAUGAUCCUGCAAAAAGAGAAUGCCUAAAACGUGAAAUUUCAUAUGCGAUGCGACAUUCAAAGCAAAUUGGGUGCAGAUGCAGCCAACCGUGCAGCCAGGAUGUUUAUUCUGUAUCGUAUUCGGCAUCACGCUGGCCAGCUGUGCCUGGAGAUCAAUCUGGUUGCCCAAAUGGAAUGGCACCGCAUCACUGUCUAAUGUAUAAAAGGGAACAGGGUGCUAUGAUAGAGGUCUACUUCGAACAAUUAAACUACGAGUCAUUGUUGGAAAGCGAAGCUUACGGGUGGCCGAAUUUGCUCUCAGACUUCGGCGGACAACUUGGUCUUUGGAUGGGCGUUAGUGUUAUUACAAUUAUGGAAGUAUGCAUUCUUAUCUUCGAUGUGAUACUAACUAUUUUUGGAGUUACAACAGGACGCAAACGUACGUAUUCGGCGAAGAAAACAAUGUCAACUUUUCGUUACAGUAUGACUAAGCACUAG